AGGAACAAAACUUUGGGAUAUUAUUGCUGAGGUUGUUCACAUGUGUAUGUUUCCGUUACCACUGAACCCUUUUGCUGUAGAUCACCGUUAUUUCGACAGCUUACCCUUAGCUGAAAGAAUUAUUGCAACUGGUGCAAUGGCAAACAUCUUGCAAGAGAUCCUAGCUGAUGGCAAUCAUCCGUACAAUGCUAGAGGUAUAGUAUACCCUGUGGAGGGCUUACCCUAUGGGGACUCGUCCAACCAUGCAAACUCCGCUAAAGAAUUUCAACAUUUUAAUUGCAUAUAGAAUGUCCAUGUAAGUUGUAAUUUGGCUUUGUAAUUAUUGCAUUCUGUUUCUUAACGUACUGAAAAUUAGAAAUUUCCGCCUACCGCAAACGAAUCACAAGAUACAGAUUGCUCUAAGCCUCUAACUAAUAUUUUUACUUCACUAUAUAAUCAUGACAUGUAUUUAAUUGCAAUUAAUGCUUAUGGGGUUGUGAAUUUACUUAAUAUGUCUUUCCUGAUCCACCCUCCAUAUAGUUUCCCUCUAUAUACGCGCCAACCUAUCUAUAGCGAAAACCCGCAACUUUCUGCAUUAGCGCGUUGACUGACUCUUUCCACCAGAGUCGCUUUAUUGAUCCUAACCGAUUCUCAGAGGUAAAGAGUAUAGUCACGCUGACAACUAAACGCUCGAAAGACGUGUUGUAUUAAAAGUAUAGCAUUUUUAAAUAAAUUGGUAUUUUUUAUUUUAACACAACGAAAUAGCACGGAUAACUUUUUGAGAAAGUCAAUCUCAAAACAUAUAGAGGUUUUAGCUGAUAAUUGUACUGAAAAUCUUCGAUUUUUUCAUCUCUAUAGUAUUUGACGACCUGCAUGAGAUAACGCGGCGGCACUUCAGAGAUCUCCAUACAAUGACCCUACAUAAGCUGGAAGAAGAAAGACUGAGAGCUUAUGAAGAACAGAGGAAGCACAAUACGCAUGCUCCAAAACAAAUAAAUCAUCCAUGCAAUCAAUACCCAGUAUACCCGCAAUACAACAUGUCAUAUCAGGCUUAUUGAAGAAUGAAGACGAUGUAAAUGGCAUCGGCAACAACUUUUGAAACGAAAUUUUAAAAUUAUAAUAUAUGAAAGCUUGACAAGUUAAAUGGCAGAGUAAUUUAUACACAAGACGUUUUUAUCCUAAAUUCUCAUGAUUUCAGAUGAUCUGAAUGCAUGUUUGCGGUUUAGAUUUUAUAGGUCAUUUUCUGCAGAAUAUACUGUCAGAUAUUUCAGUGUUUCAAGAUUUGUAUACCUUGCACAUGACGUCAUAUAGAUUUAUAUGAAAUCUCUGAAACAAGACAAAGAUAUGGAAGCAGAAAAAUGAAAACUACCAAGUGUCUAACUAUACCAAGGUCAUUGAGCCACAUAUAAAUAUCAACGACUUUUUCAAAAGUUGACAGAUUUUUAUUGCCAUCGGUAUUCAUCAUUCAUCUGUUUGAUAAGUUCAUGAGUUGUAUACUAUAUCGGUUGUUUGAUUCGUAACAUUUAUCUUCAAAUCUCAAAACAACUGGGCCAAUUAAAGUAUAGUCAAAAGGCGAAACUUAGGCUAUAUGCUUAUUUAUCAUUCUGUGUUAUGUAAAAUAAAUUUAUUAUAAACAUUACGAUGAAUUUGGUAGGGGGAUAAGGAAAAUAAGUUUAUAAAACGAUAAAGAGUAUAUAGUUAAUUUCAAUGGAUUUCGAAGUUUAAGAAUUUAAUAUAUAUACAAUCUCAGAUUGUUUAUUUAUUUUUUCAGUUAUUAUUUAUUAACAAUUGCAAUUAUUAUAUUAUCAGACGUGCAUGUUUUCGCAUGCAUUCACGAUCCAACAUUCCUAGUGUCUUCGUCAGGAAUUAGUGUCUUAAUUCACCUAAUGAAAACACUGUAGAGUGUCGAAACGUUGGGUCGUUAAUGCAAAUGAAGUGGAGCAUGUAUUCAUAUUCAUUCAUUCAUUAAUUAAUAUGAAAUAUACGAUCCUUAUUUAUUUGAUAUUUUAAUCGUAAAGUUAUAACUUGCCUGGUGUAAUAUAGGUAAUUGAAAGCAUUGAUAUUUCUGUUGACAUAUAAAUUGUAAAAUAGUAUUGUUAAACUAUAACUAUAUAAAGGUGUUUAAUUUAAUAAAGGUACAUGGGUUAGAACGUACAGUCUAUCGG